AUGCAGUAUAUUUAUCCGGACACCAUCGAAGAAGCGGUGCAGAGAAUAAUCCCUUAUCUAGAGGAUACAAGCAGUACUGCACACAAGGCCAUCUAUUUUAAUGGAUGGCAAGGGCUGGGUGCUUCCGCGGUGCUUAGAGCCAUAGCCAAAGACCCUCCGCCAUCUCUGCUGAACAAAUUCGACAAGAUCGUCCACGUCGAUUGCUCGAGGUGGAAAAGCCGACGAGCACUCCAGAGGACAAUCGCACAAGAACUCAAGCUUCCUCAGCGGGUAAUGGAUAUGUUUGAUAGGCAAGAUGAAGAAGAUGAUUUUAAAGGGGCAGAUGAAAGUUCAAGAGCUGAGAUACAAGAUGUUGGGGCAGAGAUCUAUCAGGUUGUACAACAACAGAAAAAAUUACUGGUCUUCCAUAAUGGGAGCGGCAACACAAAUGACCUGAAUGAUUUUGGCAUUCCUCUGUCAGUGUGGGGUACUCGAGUAUUGUGGACAUUUCGAGGAGGGCUUCGGCUAAACCCAGGAAUUAAUGAGAAGGUGGAUGAGUCACAUCUUUUUCUUUAUCGUGAGAGGAGCCCUUUAGGGUGGAAUUAUUUGUUGCAAAAAGAGGCUAGAGAAAUUGCAGGUUACACAUAUAAGCUUGAUGAAGUAGCCGAAGAGUGUUGCUUGUAUAUGUUGUCACUAAAUUCUCAAGGAGGCAAUAUCAUGGACUACGACUGGGCUACCCAUGCUUCGAGCUAUUGGGUUUGUGAUGGGAUAAUACAGGGAGGUCAGGGUGAUGAAGCAUGGGAGGUUGCUGCUGCUCUACAUAAUCAAAUAUGUAUAGAGGAUUAUUCAUCUAAUGCACUACCCUCAUUUGGUCAGGAACUAGUGACUCCUCGGAAACAGUGGAUAUUGGCCAGGGACGACUUUGUUGUGCAUCCAGAGUCAACGUCCUUUUUCCUUACUGCAGUCGCAAGCCAGUCUGAUCAUUCAUUAAGACACUUACCUUAUGACAUGUUUCAUCAAUCGGACAAACUUUGUGUGCUCAAGUUAUGCCGCUGCACCUUCAAAUUUUCCUCUCCUCCUUUUCAUUGUUGCCACAAGUUAAGAUUCCUUGGAUUAGAUAGUUGCCAGGAUCUACAACCAGAAGAAGAAAAGAAGCAAGAUGGACAAACAACGGAUUUUUUUAAGAGCCUAUGGGUGAUAGACAUAUGCAAUACGGACUGGGAUAUGCCUGCAUCACCAGAUAUAAUAGAAAAGAUGGCCGCGAACAUUAGGGAGGUACAUAUAAAGAAAGGAAGGAUUUGGUGCCACAAUUUUGCAUGGCGACAACUGCAGAGCCUUCACAAGCUUCGAGUGAUUGAUCCUACUUCCCCUUGGCAGACGUGCAAAAUGGAUGAAUUCACAGACAUGAUGAAGUUGGAGUUCCUCGACCUUUCUGGGAAUAGUACAAUACAAGUUUUGCCCAGUAUGUCAGGUGCAACUAGCCUCAAGACCCUGGUUCUAGAUGGUUGUGUUGGUUUGGAGCAUGUUGAAGGACUCCCUCCAUCACUUGUAUCAUUCAGCUUUGAUGCAGGACCAAGAAAGGAUGAUUACAAGGAAGCCAAAAUAAGCCACAUCUCCAUGGCUGGUUGUGCAAGAUUGUCUGACUUCACAUUGUGUGGAUCACUUCCAAACCUUGCGGAGCUGGACCUAUCUGGCACAAGAGUCAAGACACUUGAUCUCACAACUCAGGUGGUGCAGGUCCCACGUCUCCAACACAUUAUUCUAUUGGGAUGUAUGCAACUUCAUGCCAUUUUAUGGCCAAAAGAGGGUCUGCCAACACUGACAGUGCUGCAGAUUGGUUCCUCGGUCUAUCCUGUUCAAACAAAACUAUAUGAAGUGUAUGUUACUAUAAUGGACAUAAGGUUUAUUCAGUCCUUGGUAUUACGAAGCAAUGCCCGAUUCUGUUGGAAGAGCAAUAGGUUCCAUCUAAAUCUUUGUGUCCCUUGUACCACCAAUGUUAAGGGAGAAAGCUAUAUGAAGGAGAAGAUGGGCCCUGGUAAUAGUGGGAAAAUAAUGGGUCCACCUCAACCAAAGUCAUUAAACCCCAAUACUUGCAGCACCUACAUUGAUGUCCCUAUUGGCAACAUAAUUAUUGAUCACGACUACAACAAUGGAAUGCAGUUUCAGCCAUCGGGUUGUCAUGUGGAGAUUGGUAUGGGAGUUAGCAACGCUAGCGUGGAGAGUGUAGAAGCAAUCAAGGCUAUCAUCUUUGCAAUGAACCAAUCCGAGUCGUUACAUGUUCAUGACAAUUCUUCCAUCACCACCACUGCCAUCACUGAACACAUGGUGUCUAGUUUUGGGAGGAAUCUUGACUGGAGACAUCUAAAACACUGUCAUGUGGUGAGAUGCCCCAAGAUGCGCACAACCUUCACGACUAACUAUGGUGUCUUCCCUUUUACAGAAAUAGAGACCUUCUGGGCCGCUGAUCUACCGAUGGCACACUGCGUUUGGAGCAAAGGAACGACCUGGAGUGGCACAAACACUGUUUGCUUUGCCAAACUGCGGAGCAUACACCUAUACUCUUGCCCAAGGCUCGAAUUUGUGCUUCCGUUAUUGUGGGGUAUUCAAGGAUCAUACUUGCACAAUUUAGAAAGUCUCCACAUUGUCAACUGUGGUGAUCUAAAGACGGUGUUCCCUGUUCAUCCUGUGCUCAAAGAAAAUGUACUUGAGUUCCCAAGGCUGAAGCACAUCCAUCUGUAUGAGCUCUAUAAGCUGCAGCAUAUAUGUGAGGUGAAGAUGCAUGCGCCCAAGCUUGAGAGGGUAUGGCUGAGGGGCUGCUGGGGCCUCAGGCGCCUCCCCGCCGUCAACCAAGGUAGCCGUCGCCCCGUCGUGGACUGCGAGCAGGACUGGUGGGAGAAGCUGGAGUGGGACGGGCUGGAGGCUGGGCACGACCCUUGCCUCUUCGAGCGACGCCAUUCGUCGCAUUACAAGAAGCCUCUGCCCAGAGUUUCAGUGCUUCGGUGAACUGACCGUACUAUCCAGGUUUGAGGCGUAUGGUGUCAAGACCUAUGACAGUGGCGGUGGACACUUUGCUGCUUUCCGCUGCCAUGACGGUUCAAGCCAAUAAAUAAACUAUGUCAUCAACCCAAGAAAGCGAGUAAGAGUGGAACAUGGGUGAUGCAACCAAGCAAGCAAUCAUAGCAAUCAAGUCAAGCAAGCUAGUAGUGCUAAGAUGCAACAUACUAGGAAGAAUCAUGGCAAGCA